AAUAGCAUUUUGAAUUAAGGGUUUAAAGUCCAAAAUAUUCUUGUUAUAAAAGGUUUGGCUAGAACCUUUUAGAUUUUAUUUUAGACAACUUCACCUUGCAUGUGCGUGUUGAAGAGUUUUCCGGCAUAGUGUUAGGCUUUCAAUUAAGUUCUAGGCUUUUAAAUAAGUUUGGCAAGUGAAGUAGCUAAGCUAGCUAGCCUUGUAGGUAGCCAUUUAAUAUAGAUUUACGUUUUUAUUUUAAUUGGACCGACUAUGAAAUAGACCAAUAUAAAACAUCAGUCUACAUGCCUAGAUCCUUGAGUAUAUUACUAAUACUAGUAUUUCACAUGUACAAACCAUUUACAAGUUGGCAUCAAUUUUGCAUGACUUUUUUGUUUAGAUAAUAUUUUCGCUUUUUAACUACUUGUUCCAUCAUGUAAUUCAAGCUUUGACUACCGUAGUAGAAAAUUUGUCGUUUCCACUUUUAAAAUUGCUUUUAGUUACCUAAUUCAAAUUUUUUGUCAACUACAUAAAAGGCUAAAACGCAAUCAAGAAUACUAUUUUACACAAAAAUGCAGAUUUUAGAUAAUUCUAACUAGGUAAAGACCACACGAUGUUUAUAUUUGGAUUUUAUUUUGUGAUUAAUUCUACAUAUAUUCACAGAAGUUGAACAUUCACUCAAACUACGAAUGAAAUAAGCAUUAAUGGAGGCAACUAUAUAUGGGAAACACACACGAAAGUCCUCGACCCAUGCCUAUGUUAGAUGAACAAACACCCUUUACCUAAUUGGCUAAUUCCCAAGUCAAUAAAACCCAUUCCGCCACGUGUCAUGUUCCCACCGAUAUUUUUAAUUUCUCGUUACCCCAAGAAAAACGUAGUUGGUAAUUUCUACUUUCGGGAACUUUAGAUAUGAUAGGUGGACUCUUCACCUUCCCCAAAUAAAUAAACAAUAAAUCAAAAACGCAUUUACAUCCAAACAGUCAAAAUAUAAACCUAACAUACUUUUCCCAUGCAACUCACCCAGACAGACUUUCUUAUUUAACAUAUAGCCUUCGUGUCUUCACACAUCCAAACACGUCUCUUCAUGCACUCUCUCGCUUCUAUAUAUAUAAGUUUAUAGAAACAUAACAGAUUCAUACAUAUCCAACCAAAGUCCCAUAAACUAAAGAACAAACUCUUCUUUCUCUUCUUCUUCUUCUACAACAGUUAUGAGCGUGUUUUAAGACCGUUAAUUUGUUAAAUCACUCUUAAAAAGUUUUUCUUUUUGUUACUAUGGCUCGUAUUGUAGCAGCUAAUGAUGAUGAUUCCAUGGAGCUCAACGCCAUCUCCUCUUUGCACGAUUCAACUUUAGGGCAACUUCUGAAGAACGUCAGUGACGUUAGGAAAAUGGCUAUUGGAGACGAGACUCCAGUUCACGAGUCCUUAAACCAAGACUUCAACGAUGGUUACAUGCGUACUGUUCCAUUUGUUCUCUCAUUCGACAAUCUCACAUACAACGUAUCUGUUCGUCGAAAGCUAGAGUUCCGCAACCUCUUUCCACGGCGAAGAACAGAGGAUCCUGAGAUAGCUCAAACCGCGAGGCCAAAAUCUAAAACCCUUCUCAAUAACAUCUCUGGCGAGACUCGAGAUGGAGAGAUCAUGGCGGUUCUCGGAGCUAGCGGUUCGGGGAAAUCAACACUGAUCGAUGCAUUAGCGAAUCGGAUUGCUAAAGGAAGCUUGAAAGGAACAGUGAAGCUAAACGGAGAAACACUUCACUCUCGAAUGCUCAAAGUCAUAUCAGCCUAUGUAAUGCAAGAUGAUCUUCUCUUCCCUAUGCUUACCGUUGAAGAAACACUAAUGUUCGCUGCUGAGUUUCGUCUUCCGAGAAGUUUACCUAAAUCUAAGAAGAAGCUUCGUGUGCAAGCUUUGAUUGAUCAGUUAGGUAUUAGAAACGCUGCUAAAACUAUUAUCGGAGACGAAGGUCACCGUGGAAUCUCCGGUGGUGAGAGAAGACGAGUUUCGAUCGGAAUUGAUAUAAUUCACGAUCCAAUUCUUCUCUUCCUCGAUGAACCAACCUCUGGUUUGGAUUCAACGAGUGCUUUCAUGGUGGUUAAAGUGUUGAAGAGGAUUGCUCAGAGUGGCAGUAUCGUUAUUAUGUCGAUUCAUCAACCGAGUCAUCGAGUUCUCGGUUUGCUUGACCGGUUGAUCUUCUUGUCUCGUGGCCACACCGUGUACAGUGGAUCUCCGGCGAGUCUUCCGCGUUUUUUCACCGAAUUCGGAAGUCCGAUUCCGGAGAACGAGAAUCGAACGGAGUUCGCGCUUGAUCUCAUCCGUGAGCUUGAAGGAUCCGCCGGAGGAACAAGAGGAUUAGUCGAAUUCAACAAAAAAUGGCAAGAGAUGAAGAAACAGAACAACCGUCAACCACCAUUGACUCCUCCUCCAUCACCAUACCCAAAUCUAACACUAAAAGAAGCAAUCGCCGCAAGUAUUAGCAGAGGAAAGCUAGUUUCAGGCGGUGAAUCCGUCGCUCACGGCGGAACAACCACCAACACCACAACUCUAGCCGUACCUGCAUUCGCGAAUCCAAUGUGGAUUGAAAUCAAAACUCUCUCGAAACGCUCAAUGCUCAAUUCGAGAAGACAACCAGAGAUAUUCGGAAUCAGAAUCGCCUCCGUUGUUAUCACCGGAUUCAUCCUCGCCACCGUGUUCUGGCGAUUAGACAAUUCACCAAAAGGAGUUCAAGAGCGGUUAGGGUUCUUCGCCUUCGCGAUGUCGACAAUGUUCUACACUUGCGCCGAUGCAUUACCAGUUUUUCUCCAGGAACGUUACAUAUUCAUGAGAGAAACUGCUUACAACGCUUACCGGAGAUCCUCCUACGUUCUCUCUCACGCCAUCGUCUCUUUCCCAUCGCUCAUCUUCCUCUCCGUAGCUUUUGCAGCGACGACGUAUUGGGCAGUGGGCUUAGACGGAGGCCCAAUGGGCCUUUUGUUCUACUGUUUGAUCAUUUUGGCCUCCUUCUGGUCAGGAAGCUCCUUUGUCACGUUUCUAUCAGGUGUGGUUCCAAGUGUGAUGUUAGGUUACACAAUCGUCGUUGCCAUUUUAGCUUACUUCUUGUUGUUCAGUGGAUUCUUCAUCAACAGAAACCGAAUCCCGGAUUACUGGAUUUGGUUUCAUUACAUGUCAUUGGUGAAAUACCCCUACGAAGCAGUUUUACAAAACGAGUUCUCUGAUGCGACCAAGUGUUUUGUGAGAGGAGUUCAGAUUUUCGACAACACUCCGUUAGGGGAAUUACCAGAAGUGAUGAAGCUGAGGCUGCUUGGUACAGUGAGCAAGUCGCUCGGUGUGACGAUAUCUAGCUCGACGUGUUUAACUACUGGUUCGGAUAUUCUGACGAAGCAAGGAGUGGUUCAGCUGAGUAAAUGGAAUUGCUUGUUCAUCACAGUUGCUUUUGGGUUCUUUUUUAGGAUUUUGUUCUACUUCACUUUGUUACUUGGAAGCAAGAACAAGCGGAGGUGAAAACAAAAAUGCUAAUAGACCCAAAUCAAAAACAUACUUGUAUUUUCUGUUUGUAAUUCCUUGAAUUGUUUAAUGCAAAAAUGGUUUUUUUUCAUAUA